AUAGGGAUAUAGACUUGUGCAAAACCAUAUUUCUGCCCAAUUAGCCCCUUCUAUGACCGCAAUGUAAUUUCUUUUUUUAUACGUAUCUAUCUUUUGCGCGGCAUACUACCCCCUUCUCUCCCCAUCUCUAUUUUUUCCAGCAUCUUAUUUCGGUUUGGCGACUUAGAUCAAUAUAAAUUGAUGCCGACGUCACCAUACGCCGGCUAUAGCGAUUGCGUGCGCCGAGUCCGAGUUCUCACGUUGAAUUAAGCAAAGCCAAAUGAGAGGCUGAUCAAUCGCUCUCUCUGUCUCGUUACGAGCAAUCAACUUGCACUGUCUGAAGGAAAUCAUCAAAUUUACGCAAAAGCUAAUUCAGGUGGAUUUUGCAUCGCUCAACGACGCACGAAGCAAUCAUUUUCUCAGUGGCUACGAGCGAUUGGAGCGAUGCUGCGACGAGUAAAGUAAACUCUACGCGCUCGUGUAGAUACUUCUCUCUCUUGCUUCACCUUGCGACACGCGUUCGAAGGUUAGAAAGAGAAAGGUUAGCAUUUCCACGGUUCGUCUCUUUCGCUCUUGAUCGCCGACGCGAUAUAUAAUGCACGUAUAUACGCAUAUGUACGUACACAAGGAAAUUGAUCAAUCGGGUUUCUAGAGUCGAGAUGCUCGAGGAAAUCUUGGGAAGUACGGUUUCACGGUUAUCGGUCGUCGUAGCCUCGCUGCGUCAGUUGGCACCACUGCCAGUACUCCCUCUUGCUGUAGUUUUCAUUGUUGCUGUUUUGUGUGGCCGGUGUGUUUGCUAGUUUACGUUUUUGGUUCUUGGUUGUUUCUCUCACGGUAGAACACCUUUCUCUCGAGACCGCCCGAGAUUUACGCGACGUGAUCCGCAGGGACCGACACAACUGAGAUAAUUGGGAGAAAACGCGGGAGAGAACCAGUCGGCGGCGGUUGUCGGUGGCGGCGAGGAAGAUGGAAAAUUUGGAGGAGGUGUUGCAGGCGCUCGACGAGUUCCAGAAGAUGCGGCCGACGGUGAUCCCCCAGGAGCUGGAAGAUUAUCUGUGCUGGGUCGCGAAAACCGGCGACCCGAUAUACCAGUGGUCCCUGAUCAAGACGCUUUUCAGGGAGAAGCUCACUCGUGUGAUGACAGAUUUUUACGAGAGCUGUCCCACCUUGGAGCUGGCACCCUGUCCGAACGUGGAGCACUUCAACUACGACACGAUGAAGAGCAACCUGCUCGAGAGAUUGGAGUCGUUCGCCAAUGCCCCGUUCACCGUCCAGCGGAUAUGUGAGUUACUGACGGCGCCGCGUAAAGAGUACAAUCGCGUGGACAAGUUUAUGCGUGCCAUCGAGAAGAACAUCUUGGUGGUGUCGACGCGCGAGCCCGGGCCCAUAGCUAGACGAGGUGAAACGGGGGACGGUAUGGUAAAUGGGUCAGUGGAAGAGGACACAGCCUCUGUUACUCAGCAGCAGCCACCACCGCCACCAUCACCUUCACCAUCACCAUCACCGUCACCCUCGCCGUCGCCGUUGCAGUCCUCACAGACACCACCGCAGCCACCGUCACAGCCACAAACGACGCAGCAGUCUGCACAGCUGACCUCUCAGGAUAUCGACAUGGAGUACUGGGAGAGGGAUUGCCCCUCGACUGUUACCAUCAGCGUACACACCGUUGAAAAUGAGCCACCGCUCUUGCACAACGUCAUAACGAGUGCAGCUUCCCCAGUGACCAAAAACGUGUUUAACGCAGAUGAGGCUAACCGGGAGAAGCUGGAGCCGGCAGCCUCCAGAACGGAAACCCCGCCAUCCAGCUUCAUCUCAGCCACUUCGGAUUUCUCUGCUAUAUCGAAUUUAAGUCCACAGGUGCAGCCACAUGAAUCGGUGUCAGCUGUACCCGCGCCUGCCGUUUCAGUCGUACAAAGUCUGCCGACCGUUGGAGUGAUCACCGAAGACUCGCCUGUCGCAGGUGGUGACACAGUGGCGGUUAUGAAUCAGGACAGUAGUUCUCCGUCUAGUUUGAGUCUGGAGAAUGAGGAGAGCGAGGCAGCAACGACGGCUGCUGCGACAACGACGAGCACGACGACGACGACGGUGGCGGCGGCAGCAGCAGCAGCAACGACAUCGAUAUCCACGGCGUCUACGACGACGGUAACGGUCGUGGCGACGGUAAUACCACUGACGACGGAUACUACGCGGAAGCUGCAAGCUGCUUUUCAAGCAAAACGCUUCGACUCUGGCGACAGCAAGUGUCUGGACAAAGCCGACGAGAAAGUUCCGGCCCCACCGGCGACGAUCGGCGUAGAAGAGGAGAUCGGGCAUUCCAUGAAAAACGGAGACGCGACGUUGACCAAGUCAAACUCCGAAGGUAUGGAUUCAAACGAGAUGUCUCGUAAUGAAAGUAGAUUAAACGAGAAUUUAUUACAAAUGGAUGUUGAGAUGAAACCCGACGUUUUGGCGGGCAAUGUCGAAAGUGUUACCGAAGAAAGAAUUUCUAAUGAGGCAGAGGAAGGUGCAGCGAUCCUUGAAGAUGUGGAUGAGGGAAAUCUGCGCUGCUCCAAGAGUGAAAACAUGAAAACGACGUUCGUCGAAUCUCAGCCCGUAGAAAAGGAUAGUGCGGUCACGUCUGACGAAUGCGCAGUUAUCGUAUCUAGUAGUGAUGCAUUAUACAGAACAGAGAAAACCGAGGCACACUCUAAAGGGACGCCUGCAAUAAUCUCUUCCAAAGAAAGUUUUAUACACGACCAGUCCAUGAGCCAGGAGGCCGAAGGUAUGGAAGUCACGAAUAAAGUUUUAGAAACCGCUCCUAGGGUAGCAUCUCCUAAGAGCAACGACGAGGAGGAGGAGGAAGCACAAGAUCCUGAAUCUAAUGCGGAUAACUUAAAGAUGGAAAUUACCAAUGGCAAGACCACCAUUGUUGAAUCCGUGAUGUCAGAUUCAAUGAGCGCCGUACAAAAACCUAAAGAAGCGAUAUCUGUAAUCGAAAAGCUCGAUUCCAUCUCGCCCAUUGUAGAAAUGAUGGAAAACGUUGAUAGUGUCAGUUGUCAGUCUCCGAAGAGUGACAAGUUAAUAUCAAGCAUUCAAGAUGAAAGUUUAGCAAGUGUACAAGGCAAUAAAGCAGCAGAAUGUAUUACGAUAAAAGAGAAUCAGCCUUCUGUAAUAGAAAGUGUAGCAUGUAGAAAAGAACGCGAGUCGGAAAUGAUGGAGGUUGACGACGAGGAGUCACUAUCAACGUUUCAACCGGACGAACAAAUGGAGCAGGAGACGAUGGAGGAGUUGUCGAAGAGUUAAUCUUGACUUAUGUAAUCGAUCGUACGUCUCUCUUUUCUUCUGUUUAACAUUUGAUAUCUAUUUUCAACGUAGAUGUCGAAAUAAGAGCCAACACAUAGGUAUCUUUGUGCAUGAACGAGAUGGUUCUCGUGGCAAACGCAGAGUAUACAUAUAAUUUCUAUAUGACGAUUAAUUAUGAAUUAUAAAAUUCAUGAAUAACCGUUAGGUAGCUCUUAAUUAAAUUUUUCACACGUAACUAAAGAUGACUGUUUGCCGUUUUAUUUAUUUUGGAUUUACCGUUAGACUGGAUAAGCUCUGAUGUUUUACUUAUGAAGAGAUUUAUCGAAACGAAUUUUCUAACUUUUGAAAAAAAAGAACACUGCCUACUCCCAAAAAAUUGUAAUACUGAGACCGCUUGUAUAGAAGCCAGAUUUGGUAAACAUUUCAAUAUGGAUUUAUACAGAUACCAUAGAUAUCUACUUAGAAUAAGGUUGUGCCUAUAACUGUUGUGUAUAUUGCGUAUCGGAUGAGUAUACUAAUGAUUAAAUUUUGAGAUAACGACGUAAUAAAUAUUCUGCUAAAGAUUCGAGCAGCGUCUCAUGAUCGGGGUAAAUGAAUUAGCCUUGGCCGUGAUUACACGUACACACCCACAUACACACACAGCCUUAUACUAAGUUUCGGUUAAAUCUCGAAAUAUUUCAUGAUUACGUUAAUUCCAAGAAUAUGUUCGAGAUUAAUCAGAGAUAUAUUCCUUACGAAACUUUGUACAACUUUGUACAUGCAUUUGAAAAAGUUAGAAUAAUGUUGCUUCGAAAAGGUAUCCAUCAAAAUCCUUGCUAAAGCCAAUUCAAGAUCGAUAUUCUGUCUGCAAUUGGGAUCAUUGUAUAAGUUUUGCUUCAUGAUUUUAUUAUUAUCGUACAAUGGGCAAUUUUCUCUUAUGAAUAUUUAUACUAUGCAGGAGAUGAAAGAAGAAAAAAAAAAGAGACUUGAAAACGACGUUCCGAGUAUGCGAGCUACGCGAAACGGCUCUUCGUGAUCUUCUUGUGAUCACAGAUACAGUAUCCUAAUUUUUCCAGUAUCCAGUUUCGUUGUUUUAUUAUUAAGUGAAGAAUGUGACUUGAAAACAAAAAAGAGACAGGAAGAUUCGAAAUGUCAAACGAUCAUACACAGAACAAAAAAAAUCUUAAAGCCGGCUCAUUGUAAACUGAUAGGAUUCAUCCUACUAAACUCGAUUCACAAAUACGUAGGAUCAUUCGAAUCGCUUACAAUUAUAUGUAUUUGCACAAAAUGUUUUCGCGCGAGUCUGGAAUCGAUGCGAAUUUAUUAAAUCAUUAUUAAAUGAAUACUGUAGGAAUGGGAUAUUAAUUUAAGAUUAAUAUAGUAUAAUACAUGAUACACGAAUGUGGAUAUUCGAAGAUAGCUGUGUACAUUAUUUUAUAAGAAAAUAUAUAAAAAUGAUUG